AUGGCACAUCAAAUCCCCAAACAAAUAUUCAAAACCCUAUUGUCCUUCUUUCUAUUCGUUUUAGUCCUCUCUGAUACCGUCUCAUCGACCCGAAUCAACCUGAAAAAACCAUGCAAACAUUUCGUCCUCCAUAUCCACAACGUUGCCUACGAUGCUGAUAACGCAGCUAAUGCCACGUCUUCAACAGUCGUAAACCCUUUAGGACUAGGGACCUUCGACUUCGGAAAGAUUGUUAUCUUUAAUAACCCUGUCACAAUGGACGAGAACUUCCUUUCAGAACCAGUGGCUCAUGCCCAAGGCUUCUUCUUUUACAACCAGAAGACAACUUACAACACGUGGGUCGCUUGCACAUUGGUGUUCAACUCCACGCAACACAAAGGAACGUUCACCAUAAUGGAUGCGAAUGCAAUGACGCAGCCGACAAGAGACCUAGCGAUCAUUGGUGGGACUGGUGACUUCAUCAUGACUCGUGGGGUUUGUACGUUCUCGACUGAUCUCAUUCAAGGCCAAAAGUAUUUCCGUCUCAAAAUGGAUAUUAAACUCUACGAAUGUUAUAACUAA